CGAGCGGGUUGUUUCAUCAUCUGCUCCGACACCAGCGCUGCUAUCUGUUGUCUUUCUUCCUCUCUCCACUCACUUUAAAACAACCAGAAGACAUUAAAGGUAAUCUGCUGCUGCAAAAUUCUGUGACCACAGCCUUUGCUACUUCCUGAUCUCUGUGUUGAAGCGACUGUGGCCUGGCUGAUACGAACACAAAGGGAGCAAUACUUGACGAGUAACUUACCCAUCCCAUCUGUCCAAACUUCUCCUGUACCUGCCGGUCACACGUGUUCUGUUUAAGCUGUGUCAAUCACACACACACGCACUCACACUAGAAGGAUUUAAAACACAUAGCCUGCUUCUGCGCCCACACACAGUCACAGCAAACAUGGCCAGCCAUCUGUCCACCUUUGGCAAAAUCCUGCUGCGUCGCAGGAAACUAGACUUGUCAAGUGUAGAGACCCAGUUCGCCCGCUGCUUGUCCACCCUGGACCUCAUUGCCUUGGGAGUGGGCUCCACGCUGGGUGCUGGUGUCUACGUCCUCGCCGGUGAGGUUGCGCGAGAGAAGGCGGGACCCGCCAUCGUGCUCUGCUUCCUCAUCGCCGCUCUGUCCUCCAUGCUGGCCGGCCUGUGCUACGCCGAAUUUGGCGCCCGUGUCCCUAAGACGGGCUCCGCAUACCUGUACAGCUACGUGACAGUCGGAGAAAUCUGGGCCUUCAUAACAGGAUGGAAUCUCAUCUUGUCUUAUGUCAUAGGUACGGCCAGUGUAGCCCGGGCUUGGAGUUCAACCUUUGACAACCUGGUGGAACAAAAGAUCUCGGGCUUCUUUAAAGCCUCCAUGGCAAUGAAGGUGCCAGGCAAGGUGCUGGCAGAGUACCCGGACCUGUUCGCCCUCAUCCUGGUGCUGCUGCUCACUGGACUUCUGGCCUUUGGCGUGAGUGAGUCGGCUCUUGUGAACAAAAUCUUCACUGGGAUCAAUCUGGUGGUUUUGGGGUUCGUUAUUAUCUCCGGCUUCGUUAAAGGGGACACUAAUAACUGGCACCUCACAGAGAACGACUACAGGGAAUUCAUAAACAGCACCAAUGGCAGCAGGCAGCUGAAGUUGGACGACGAAUACGGCAGUGGUGGGUUUGCCCCAUUUGGACUUAACGGAGUUUUGUCCGGUGCAGCCACGUGCUUCUAUGCCUUUGUGGGCUUUGACUGCAUUGCCACAACAAGCGAAGAGGCAAAGAACCCCAUGCGCUCCAUACCUAUUGGCAUCGUGGCCUCGCUGCUCAUCUGCUUUUUCGCCUACUUCGGCGUGUCUGCCGCUCUCACCAUGAUGAUGCCGUACUACCAGCUGAACACUCAGAGUCCUCUGCCCGAGGCCUUCAGCUUUGUCGGCUGGGGUCCUGCUCGAUACAUCGUGGCUGUCGGUUCUCUCUGUGCUCUGUCCACCAGCCUCUUGGGCUCCAUGUUCCCUAUGCCCCGUGUUAUUUACGCCAUGGCAGAGGACGGGCUGCUGUUCCGAUUUCUCUCUAAGAUGAGCGCUCGUACAAAGACCCCUGUCCUGGCUACCAUUGUUUCUGGUAUUAUUGCAGCUCUGAUGGCCUUUCUGUUCGACCUGGCAGCUCUGGUGGACCUCAUGUCCAUUGGAACCCUUUUGGCAUACUCUUUAGUGGCCAUCUGCGUCCUCAUUCUCAGGUAUCAGCCAGGUACCCUAAAUUCACCCAGCCAGCUGGAGAAGCUUAUGGAGGAAUCGGAGAAGAUGCCUGUGAGUGGAGGGGAGAGUGGCGAUGAAUAUGACAUGGAGAUGGAUCAGAGGCCACUAAAAGAGACAUUCAGCUUCAAGCUGCUCUUCUGCCCAAGUGGAAAGAUCCCCACAGUCCUGUCUGGGAACAUUGUCUACGCUACAACUGCUGUCAUCUCGAUUUUGAUGACAGUCCUGUGCGUCAUCCUGGCCAACUGUUUGCCGGAGCUGCUCGCUGGAUAUUCGGGUGUGGUGGUGCCGUGCGUUAUUUUAGCUGUGCUCUGUGCCGUCUGCGUGAUCAUCAUCUGGAGGCAGCCGGAGAGCAAAGAGGCUCUCACCUUCAAGGUUCCUCUUCUUCCCUGGUUGCCCCUGUUCAGUGUUUUCGUCAACAUCUACCUCAUGAUGCAGCUGGACUUGGGUACAUGGUGCCGCUUCACCGUCUGGAUGGCUUUGGGUUUUGCCAUUUACUUCUUCUAUGGCAUUAAAAACAGCAACGAAAGCGGCAACAAGCCACCCCCACGCAAAUACGAGCUCCCCAUGGAGAACAAUGCCCCAAUUUACAAGGGUGCCCCCAACAGUGACGUGGAAGCAGACAGCAGCCCUUGAUGCAGACUGGCACAGACCUAGGGGAGCGUUGCAGAGCUUCCACACUCAUGUUUGGCCAUGUGGUUACCGCCAAAUGUUGCAGUGUAGGCGGCUUGGAACACUGCCCUGGGUUUGAAGGGAGGAGAGGCAAGAAAAUGCGACACACAUCUUACCUCUGAUUUUUAGAGGCUGAUUUAACUUGAUGGUUAGACACGCGGAGCCACUUCUCACUAUGUGUCCGUUCUAACCCAUUUCUCCUUAGCCUUAGCCCUCUGGAGACAUUUCCCUGCCUAUGAGAAAAUGCUUCGAAUGGACCCAACAAACACCUAUGAGUUCAUGUUUUCAGUUAUCAGAAGCCGUAAACUGGAAGAAUGUUACACUUCUCAUGUUUGCUUCCUUUUCCGUUACUCCAACCCCCCCAUCCGGCCACAAAGAACCACAGUGUAAAUCACUAUGAAUUAUGACUUAAGCCAGUCAGUUUACAACUGUCAGCUCCACUUCAAGUUUUCUUUUCCUUUUUUUUUUUUUCUUUUUUUUUACCUUUUUAAAAAAAUAAAAAUAAAAAAAUAAGCAGAAGGUGCAGACGCAUCUGUCCGUUAACCAUCUUUCUGUAGAGUUCACCUUCCCUGCUUGUUUGCAUCGGUGCAUUUAGGUCAGCAGCACGCGACGGAUGCCAUCUUACUCACUGUGCAGCUCAGUGUUGGAGUUGAAGUACAUGCUUUACAGAUUUUAAGGAGUUCUUAAAGACACUACCGCCCUUGUUGGCCCCAACCCCAACUCCCAGAGACCCACCUUACAGCAUGUGCACACGAAAUCAUUGUGGAAUCGGUUAAAUGCGCCCGUUUUAUGUUAUUUUUUUUUAUUUUUUUUGCAUGUAGACUGCAUUUUUACACAUUUUGAGGCCUUUGAUUUUAACCUGGUAAAUACAGGUUGUAAGCAAAGAGAAAGUAAAGUUAAGGUAACAAAGGAAAGCAGGAGUUGUGAGAUUUUUGUUUCGUCUUUCCUCCUGUUUUCUGGUAUUUAGAGGAGGAUACCCCAUCAUCCAUGUGUUUGGUUACAAAUGUCUAUUUUCCCACCCAAGAGCUUUUUCCAACGUCAUGGAAAGCUCUCUAUGAAUUUUAAAUGAUCCGCGUAGACUUCCUGACAGAACUGCACCUGUGUGCCUGCCUCUUACCUUCGUCGUCCGAUCCUGCGAUGGAUGGAUACUGGGAGUAUGUUGGUGUCUGGGAGCUGGGGUUGUUUUCUGAUAAAGGACCCAUAUUCAAUCACUACUAUAACACAUUUUUUUUUUAUUUAUCUUAUCACCUUUCUUUUGCUUUCUACUUCCUUGUGAAAAAGAAGUAUUCUUGUUUCCUUUUUUUCACAAAGGUUCUUGUUUAGUUUCAAUUGAAACUUGUUCUUGGCAGCUUUGUCUGUUGAGUACUCAUCACAUUUAUUAUUUUAAACUUUAAUUUUACUGCAUUUUUUUUCUUCCUCGGUAUAAAAUGUUAAUAUUUAAAUGUUUAUAGUAUUGUUUGCUUUCUCUUUUGUUUUCCUUUUCAUUUAAACUUUAAUCAGUCAGUCUGCUUUUUAGAUGUUAACGUAUUUUAAUCGUUACAUGUACAGUUUAGAGUGCCGAUCCCUGGGGGCUGUUAUGUUUUAUUUUGUUUGGUUGGGUUUUUUUGUUUGUCUUUGUUGAAAAAAUGUCGUCAAUCGUCACAUGAUUUUAAUUGUACUUGCCGACCAAAUGAUCUAGGUUUUGGGACCCAUUCGUUUUCCAGAAACAAGGAGUGACCCCUUAAAGCUGGUCUAUAAAUUAUGUUUCAAACCUAUUUUUGCCCAUGUCAAUUGUCAGUAACUUAUUGCUAAAGGUAUUUGUUUUUUUGGGGUUUUUUUUUUUU